CGCGCAGCGGCUGCCCUGACCUGGCCGCGACCUCCCUCCGCGCGCCCCGCCGCCCGGGCCCCUUGGGUGUUCCCCAACCACGGCCCAGCCCCGCCACACCCCCCGCCCCCGGCCUCCGCAGCUCGGCAUGGGCGCGGGGGCGCUCGCCCUGGGCGCCUCCGAGCCCUGCAACCUGUCGUCGGCCGCGCCGCUCCCCGACGGCGCGGCCACGGCGGCGCGACUGCUGGUGCCCGCGUCGCCGUCCGCCUCGCCGCUGACCCCGACCAGCGAGGGCCCCGCGCCGCUGUCACAGCAGUGGACGGCGGGCAUAGGCCUGCUGAUGGCGCUCAUCGUGCUGCUCAUCGUGGCGGGCAACGUCCUGGUGAUCGUGGCCAUCGCCAAGACGCCGCGGCUGCAGACGCUCACCAACCUCUUCAUCAUGUCCCUGGCCAGCGCCGACCUCGUCAUGGGGCUGCUGGUGGUGCCGUUCGGGGCCACCAUCGUCAUGCGGGGCCGCUGGGAGUACGGCUCCUUCUUCUGCGAGCUCUGGACCUCGGUGGAUGUGCUGUGCGUGACGGCCAGCAUCGAGACCCUGUGUGUCAUCGCCCUGGACCGCUACCUCGCCAUCACGUCGCCCUUCCGCUACCAGAGCCUGCUGACCCGCGCGCGGGCGCGGGCCCUGGUGUGCACCGUGUGGGCCAUCUCGGCCCUGGUGUCCUUCCUGCCCAUCCUCAUGCACUGGUGGCGGGCCGAGGGCGACGAGGCGCGCCGCUGCUACAACGACCCCAAGUGCUGCGAUUUCGUCACCAACCGGGCCUACGCCAUCGCCUCGUCCGUCGUGUCCUUCUACGUGCCCCUGUGCAUCAUGGCCUUCGUGUACCUGCGGGUGUUCCGCGAGGCCCAGAAGCAGGUGAAGAAGAUCGACAGCUGCGAGCGCCGCUUCCUCAGCGGCCCGGCGCGGCCCCCCUCGCCCGCGCCCGCGCCCGGCUCCCCGCGCCCCGCGGCCACCGCCGCCGCCGCCGCCGCCGCCGCCCCGCUGGCCAACGGGCGCAUCAGCAAGCGGCGGCCCUCGCGCCUCGUGGCCCUGCGCGAACAGAAGGCGCUCAAGACGCUGGGCAUCAUCAUGGGCGUGUUCACGCUCUGCUGGCUGCCCUUCUUCCUGGCCAACGUGGUCAAGGCCUUCCACCGCGACCUGGUGCCCGACCGCCUCUUCGUCUUCUUCAACUGGCUGGGCUACGCCAACUCGGCCUUCAACCCCAUCAUCUACUGCCGCAGCCCCGACUUCCGCAAGGCCUUCCAGCGCCUGCUCUGCUUCGCGCGCCGGGCCGCCCGCGGGGGCCACGCGGCCGCCGGCGACCGGCCGCGCGCCUCCGGCUGCCUGCCGGGGACCCGGCCGCCGCCGUCGCCAGGGGCCGCCUCGGACGACGACGACGACGACGACGUCGGGGCCGCGCCGCCCGCGCGCCUGCUGGAGCCCUGGGCCGGCUGCAACGGCGGGGCGGCGGCGGCGGACAGCGACUCGAGCCUGGACGAGCCGGGCCGCCCCGCGGGCGCCUCGGAAUCCAAGGUGUAGGGUCCCGCCGCCCGCGCCUCCCUCCCCCCUCCCCCGCCCGCGCCCCGGGAGCGAGAACGCCCAGGCGCCCCCACUGGCUUCCCAGGGGAGAGAGAUCCGUGUUUACGCAAGCCCCAGAGC